UGUAGUCGAUUGUCGAUUCAGUCUGGUGCACGCGGGAGUAGCGUUUGACAGAAACGCAUAGUUUCGGCUUCUUUAUUCGGAAAGUUAAAGCAGGCCAUAUUCCGAUUGUUGUUGUGAACGGUUUUUUUGUGACUCGGUGUUGUUCUAAAAGUGAUAACGGUGAAUGUGUGGCAGUUUUGGGACUUCUUGAGAAGUUGAAGUAUCGAAAAGUAACCUUGAUCGUGGAUGCAACUGCAGUGAUGCAUAAAGGUGUGACUUUAUCCCGUGAAGCAGCGGUUGAAUAAGGAAGAAAACAUGUAACGGAACUGAGUUGUACUUCUGAUAUAUGAUAUCUAUUGGAUGCUGUACUCAAAGCGCCAGAUGAUCAUGGAUUUCAGAACUCUUUAUCUUUUGGCUCUCUGGAUCAUAUCAGUGUCUGCUCAAGAAGACUGGGAACUACACUGCAACAAAUGCCAUUGCCUCUGGGUGAGCGGCAAGAAAACUGCCAACUGCGCAGGUCGCGGUUUUGACGUCAUUCCUGAUGACCUCAGUGUCGACAUCAGAGAAAUCGAUUUCUCCAACAAUUUCUUCUACUCUCUUGAACGAGACGUAUUCAGUAAAGCCCACUUAUCAGACGUGCAGAAACUAAAACUACAAAAUUGUAGCAUAGGAAAAGUGAGUGAGUUGGCUUUUAGCAAAUUGAGGAUCAUCAUCGAACUGAACCUCGCCAUGAAUAGCAUCGAUAAGUUGGAUAAAAACUUAUUCAGAGACACCAUCAAAUUGAGAACUUUAACGCUGAGCUAUAACAAAAUCAAAGUUUUGGAAGAAGGCCUGUUUUACAACCUGACAUUCUUGCAAAAAAUUUUGUUGGACCAUAAUGAAAUUGAGAACAUUUCUGCGAAGACUUUCGAAAUCUUGCCGUCACUGAAACACAUUUCCUUGGCGCACAAUAAAAUACAACGAAUCACUUUCGAUAUGAAAGAUAAUUUGCCAAAACUUAGCAGUUUGAGUGUUGAGGGAAACCCCUGGGAGUGCGAUUGCCUUCUGCGUGAAUUCAGAAACAGUGCUCAGAAGAACAAUCUGAUAACCACCUCCAUAACGUGCCAAAACCCUCCCAGAUUGCAUGGUCGUUCGUGGUUAGAUAAUAUUAUAUUCGCGUGUGAUCCUAAAGUAGUGGAAGCUGGACCAUCCUCGACAAUUGAAGCCCGAACUUCCAACGUGACUCUAACCUGUAAAGUAAUUGGAGACCCCAUUCCAGACGUAGACUGGAUGACCAACGGAGCCAUCAUAGAACGAGACCCAAGAAGAAAUAAGCAGAAGUACAUGACUUCCAAAGACACGAUAGAUGGGGUCACGUGGAACAACCUGACCAUCAUCAGCGUAAGCUACAAAGACCGUGGCGACUACAAAUGUAUAGCCAAGAAUCCAGGCGGCGAAGAUUCCAGAAACGUCACGAUUGUCGUGCCAAGCGAUGCUUUUCUUGGACCUGGCAUGAUAGGCACCUACUCAUCCAGCACCUACUUGAUAAUCGGUUUGUCGAUAGGUUUCUUGGUGGUGUUACUCAUAGUCCUCGUCAUCCUCUUCUGUUUCUGUAGAAGAAGUACUCACGGUUUCCAUUCGAAGAGGAGGGAUAAUGAGGGUAGUACGGAGGAGUUUGGUAUGAGCACGGGGCAAGCGGAUGUGAAGAAGGGGCUAAUCACCGAUAUUAAUCCAGUCACGAAGCCACCACGCUCCACAGUGCCGCCAUCUGUUGUCAGUGGAGGAACUGAAGUGAGCGAUGUCAAGAGAAACUUAUUGGACAGCGACUCUAUGUUAGAUUGCGAUGAGGAAACCCGAUCACUUGACUUCGAUCAACCGCUGCUGCAAAAAUCGCAGAUGAUGCUGGAUUCGCCCGACUUCCGACCGAAUUACCACUACCCUCCCGAUCUCUUGCAUUUUCCAGCUCGAAUGACGCAAGUUUCCCCAGCGGGAAGUUCCGCCUCCACGGUAGCAGAUACCACACGUCUCCCGCCACACCACGGACCCCAAUCGCCUCUGCACAGCCCCAUGUACGACCAGUUGAGCUUGUACCGGACUCUGCCUCAUCUAAGGUCUCACUCACCUUUUGUUGGACCUCCAACCAGGAUACCAAGGCAGGGCUACGUGACCAUACCGCGCAGGCCCAGACAGCAGAGCUGGAGCUCGGAACCACCCAGUAUGUCGGAGUACACCGCCGAACCCCUCUAUGACAACCUGGGAAUACGAACCACCGCAGAUGGGGGGACCAGCACACUUUCUUUGAACAAAAUCGACAACCCUGCAUCCACCCCUAGGUCGAACAGGAUUUUCCCCCUCAACUCGUCCAACUGCGACCCCAUUGCCGAAAACACCGAGUCUCCCCCUAGCCAACCAGUCGCCAGUCAAACCCUUCCGAGAAAUUUGAAUUCAAAACUCACCCCUUCGAAGUUUCAGUGGACAAUGGACAAUGCCGAAGCUUUGAGAAGUCCCGAGAAGCGGAAUUCCACGGCAUCCUUACCCGCGGAUAGUGCAAAACCUACGAAAAUUCCCCCCAGACCCCCACCGAAACCUAAGAAGAGGAUGUCGACUGGUCCUUUGUUUGAGGACGAGGGAGAAGACGGGACGGAAGUGUGAGAAUGGCUUAAAUCAGUGCUCGUGGCACUGGUUGUGGCAUAAAAAUGAACAAGUAUUCGUAGGAUGUAAUAAUUAAAGUCUUUUUUGACGCAAAGUCGAGAGAGUUCAGACUUAGAAAGUGUUUCGAUGAAUGAUACAGGAUACAAAACGAUGAUCGUAGUCGGUGAUUCAUAGAGAAAUGAGAUGGAUCACAUAAUGGAAUAGCUGAAAGUUUUUCAUGUCCCACUUGAAUCAAGAUUUGCAAUUGUUUGCUCAAUAAAGUUUUGUAAAGUUAGGAAGUGAAUUAGAGAACUAUCUACAUACACGUUCUACUUCAGAAUUUCCAUAUCUCAAAUGAAAGUCACGCCACCAGAAGGAAGAUGUUAUUUUUCCUUUGACAAUAAACUUCAGUAGAUAGUUGAACGGUAAAAGAGCUCAAAAACCUAGUAUGUUCGAAUCUUAAAAUGAAUUAAUCAUAUCCUACAUACUAGAUCUGUAACACUCUUGUCAAUAGGAGUUUCACCGUUCAUUGAAUAUAAUGAAUAUGAAGCUGGUCGAUAUUUAAAUUCUAUUUCGUAACUGGUUUUUAUUCAACUCCGUGACAAUAGAUCUCUUCUAUAUUUAUUUUACUGCUAAAAUGUCAUAUUAUCGGAUCCUACUGACUGCGCCAUGUGAAUAGCUAGUCAGUUAUAUAUAGCUGAUUAAUAUUCAGUUUCGAUCUUUGUUCCCUUAAGAACAAAUCUAUACUAAAUAUAUUCAGGGUAUUUUCGGUAACACUAAAAAAAGUUAUAUCACUUGAGUCAUCAGAAGUUAAAUGCUAAUCAAUAGUUAGGUAUAGUUCAUCUCUUGACAACUUCAGUUUGUUUGGUGGAACAGUAUUUCGAAAGAGCGUUACAAUAGUAGUAUAUAGAACAGAGGACGAAUUUAUUAAACUAUUGAUGUAGUAAUAAAGUUGGUUAUGAAUGUAGAAAAGAAACCAUUGAGACAUUUUUAAAUUAUUUAAUUGUUGUUUCUUUUUUUGGAGACACAUUUACAGCUAUAUUUUAAAUAUUUUUAUAUUGUUUAUACGAAUAUUAUUUGAAAUGUUCUUAAAUGAAUUUCGUUACUUUCAAUAUAAACUCCCAAACUGACCUCAUCAAAUUUUUCCUAGUUGCUAAUGAGAUUGUCAUGUUAUUCAUCUCGAUAAUAACAAAUAUAAUAUAAGCAAUAAGUCUUUGUGCAUAAAUAUUAUUCCAGCAAGUAUUGGAUUUUCUGAAGAUCCCUGAAAAUCAUUUCAUUUUGAACGUGCCUUGAAAUGAAAAUAUAAUUGAAUCAAAUUUUGACUUCGCCAUGUUAUCAUUCUUUAUGCAUUAAUUGCGUUGCAGUGCCUAUUAUUAGGCAAUCAUUGAAGAUAAGUUGCAGAAUUCUAGUAUCCAAAAUUCCCACCUCUAUAGUAUUCAGAAAAUACUAUUUCAGAACUUUCAUCGAUUAUAUUUGUUACACUCAUAUCUAAGAAUGUAGACUAAUAUCUAUUAAUGGAGUUUCAUGCCAAUACCAAACCGUUAUUGUUAACACCUCGACACAUGUUUCAAUCACCAAGUGAUCAUCUUCAGAAGGAAGAGAAGUUCAAUCUUCCUCUUGAAGAUGGCCAUUUGGUGAUUGGAACACGUGUUGAGGUGUUGCAAAUAACUGUUUGGUUUUGAGAUAGACCUCCUGUAAUAUUCAUUACUACAGUGAAAGUUCCAAAUUAAGCAUUACUAGAUUAUUAUCGUUAAACAACUGAGCUAAAUGUUGAUGAAAUAGUGUAGCUAUAACGGUUGUUAUCCAAUAUGUAAUAAAAUUGGCCGAUACUUGAUGAAAAUUCAUAACAUAUUCAAGCCACACUUCAUUUUGACGUUCUCCAUGAAUAGUUAACAAAACUGUCCGAAUUUUCAAAAACAAUAAAGUUCAAAGUCUUCUCUACCACUGUAAGUUUCAUUUAGGAAAAACAGGAAAUAACAUAUGUAGCAGUGAGACAUGUUUCAAACCCAACUAACUGGCAAAGAUCAUUUUCAGUGAUAUGAAGAAAGGUUCAUGUGAGAAUAGAGGGGGGAGAUAUGUUACAUUGCCUCUACUUCCUCAGGUUUGUACUUUGAGGACAAAAAAGUCCAACAAUGCAUUCGUUGUGGUCUGAUGAGACCUAUGGCAAGCCAAAACGCGCUGUCUGUUGCUGAAUCAUGAAUGCUUUGUCAUUGGGCUCUGAUUUCACCAAAAAAAUUAUUUGAGUUCGCGACUGCUCUAAGACUCUAUAAAAACUACUUAGGUUUCAUCAUUUCCACCGUUUAUUCCUGUGUAGGAGAUAAAUAUAUCUUCAAUUGAUUUGAUUUCAAAUUUCUAUGAAUAAUUUGGCAGCCUCCUAAGAAUAUAAUUAGGAUACUUUGUUCUAUCCCUAUUAACGAAGAUUGCUCUGAAAAAAUAGUGGCCUACUCGGCCACUAUUUUUCUCAACAUUCCAGUUCAAUGUACAUAUUAACAUGUCAGUAGAUGAUUAUAGUAUGUGCUAUGGUUUUGUCAUAAUAAUGAAAUAGCAUCCCCAUUUUGAUUUCAGUGUUAUAACAAAUUAUAAACAACAAAAAUGAUCAUUUUUCAAAAUCUGAAUAAUCAAAAACGUCAAAAUAUGCCACAUUUUGUAACUUGCCAGUGUUUUUUUAGUUUGUUCAGUUUUUGAGAAACUUAUUUAUUAACAAUGUAGGUUACCUCUAAAUUUCUCGCGAUGGUCGUUUUGUAUCUUGUAUUGACUUCCUUUCUGAACGUAGGGUCAAGGACUCCGAAAUAAAUUAAAUAUACUACAUAGGAAUGGAAUUAUGAUAAAGUGCCUUAAAUAAACGAACAGAAAAGUGGUUAAUGUAACUUCUCAUACUAUAAAAAUGUUUGCUUUGAGUCCCCUGAAUGUACUGCAUGUUUCCCUACGGGCUUCCACUUCGACUGACGCUAUGAACAUUUAUAAAGUGCAAAGUAGAUUUUCGUAUUUAUUCCUAUUUUUUGUAUUAAGUGAGAAUCGAAUUAUUUGAUGUAUAAUUGACCAAUAAUUUUAGUCGUUAUCCACAACAUAGUCUCCCAUGGGGUGAACCCCAACCGUUAAUGUCACUUCAUUGGUCGGCAUUUUCACACAUUCCAGUAUUGAAUAAUUUUGUAUGAUUUUCUGCAAAUCAUCCAAUUUUGAUCUCAUUAAUGUAUCAUAUUAAUUGGUAAUCAUAUAUUGUGUAAUGAUAGCUAUUUUGGAGAUAAUUCCAUGAAGGGAUGAAAUUGAGAUUUUUUUUAUAUAUAACAAAAGUAUUAUAAUUCAUCAUGAACCCAAUGUAAUACAAUAUUGGCAUAAAAGUGCAAAAUUGUAGGUAACUUUAUAAUGAAUAUGAAAAAAAUCUACUAAAAGAGCUAAAGAAUUUAUUUGAAAAUAAAUAUUUUCUCAGUUGGAACUCUGAAAUUUUAAUGAGCUGAUGAAGAAAACUGAAAAUACAAUUUUGUAUGGGUUCUCUCCACAAAAUUUUCGAGGCGAUCCUUUUUGAUUCAAGUGAAAAUCUAUGUGAUGACUAAUACUUGAUCAGAUACUGUGGUAGACAUCAACAGUGGUGUUUUCGUUAACUGUCAGGAGCAAAAACUGAAUGCUGAGCUAGGCGUUCAGUCGUUUUUAUAAUUUCAAAGGGUAGUGAGGCAUAUGCUUACUCCUGAUUGGUCUUCACUUUUACUAAAUAGUUCUAAUUGGUCCGCAGUAUCACACGUUGUUCUGAUUGGUUCAUGUUGUUGACAGGUAUGCUACUGUUAAAAUGUAGAUGGGAGUUGUAUUCUAACCUGUGUCAUUGUGAAAAAUUGCCUUCAUAAUAGUUCUACUUUUACACAAUCAUCUGUAACUAUGUAGGAACUCAGAGUAUUGACUCGAAAUGUUUCUCAUUGUGUAUAUAUGUAAUGAAACUUACUCCAUCUAAGGAUUUUGGUUCAGAAACAUUCCAAUUCUUAAUUUAUUGAUCUCAUGUCCAACAUAUUGGAGUUUUUUCCUCCCACAUAGAAUUUCUCAGCUGGACCCAAUCAAUCAAUAAAUUAUGCACAAAUUCCACAUGAGAACCUUGUACUUUAUAUAAAUAUUCUAGUAUUGUCAAUCAAUCAUUCCACAAAGCUGAAUCCUACCAUAUUUUGGUUCAUUCGGAUACAAACUCUUCUCUUCAUGAUUUAUCACUACAAUGUGAAAUGAGUUGAAAAUAUUUUUAUUUUUGUUCUUUGUUAAUUAUUUAUUCUCAUUUCCCAGUGAAGCUAUACUUGUCUAGAGUUAGCCUGGGACAAUAAUGAAUUCAUGUAAUCAUGCAUAGAGAAAACAUAAUAAAAAAAAUAUCACUUAUUUGUGAAACUCAUUCCGAUUUGUCUUAGUUGCAAACCAGAUUUGAGUAUUUUUACUACUAUAAUUUGUAUUGCAGAACUGCUCAAAACAUUCAAAAUGAGCUUGUUUCUCCUUGUGAAAUGCUAAUGUCUAAUCACUGGUGUGAUUAUUUCUGCCAAAUGAGCAUUAUUCCACAAAAAAGUUUUUGUAUUGAUCAAAAAACAUAGACCCCAAAUUUUUUUCGGUUGAAUUUUUCGAAAAUUACGAAAUAAUCAAGAAAAAUAUUAGGGAGUGGUUAAUAGCGAUGUAAAGAUUUUUUUGUGUGCGACCUGUUUGCCAGAGUCGUUUUGAACAUUUUAUUUGGAUAACUGCCACCUUUAAGCAAAGAAGAUUGAAUUGUUUUUGGUACUAUUGCUGCAGAUACUCCACUCAAUUGAAAUCCAAUUGGAUUUCCUUCUAAUUUCUCUUCUUUAGUGAAUAUGAAUAUUGGAAUAUUUUGAGACACAAAAUCAGAAGCAAUAUUUCAAAAGAAGAGACCAACUAUUCCAAACUUUCAUAGGGUUGUAUGAUCAUUUUAUUGCUUUGAAUCAAAGAAGUAAUGGACAUACUUGAAAAACACAGAUUUUUUACUUGAACAACUAAGAGUGAUUUUUUAACGAUUGGAUUAGCUGUCACGUGACAUUUUUACAUGGUAACUCUGCUGGAAAACUUUAGAGAAGAACCUGUUUAUGAUGGAAUAAUUCGAGUUCCUCUCAAGGAGAAAUUUUUGAAUGCUAACCAAACAGAAGCCAGUUAAGUCGCCAAACUUACUUGAUGCAUUCCAUUUUCUCUCCCCCUCUAUAUCUCUACCUCUCUGAAGACCUGUUCAUCAGCUAUAAUAUCUAAACAUAUUCUUUCUAGUCUUAACAUUGUUAACAAAGGAUUCAGCAUUGAGUAAAAGGGAAAUUGAUAAAUGACGACUUAUUAUUGAAAAAAUAAUUUGUAUGUUGUUAAUGCUACUAGAGCUAUUAUCACAUUUAUCAUUAGUCACUUGAAAUAUUGUUGAAUUAUCAUCUUCAUCAGGUAUGUAAUAACUUUGAAAAAUCCCCUAUAGACAUUUUCAGUGUUCUCAAUUACUGAAGUGACAUUGCAACUGUUUAAAAAUAACUUGGAGUUGCCAGUAUAGAGAACUCUCUGUAACUAUCCUUCACCAUGGGACAGACUAUGUUGCAGAUAACUCAAUUGUAGCUAUCAUUAACCUGAAGUAAAGCAGGUACCAGAACAAUUAUUAUGUGAUGUGAGAAUAAAAAUAAUGUUAGGUUUUAAUUUCAAACGAGUUUCUUGCUCAAUUUUUGUUGAAUGUGAUGUAUACUUAACUACAAAUAUUUUUCAGGAAACAAGUUCUUGAUGCACUGUAAAUAACUGAUGAACAAUCUUCUUUCUCAUAAUAUGUACAGUAUGAAGUAUAAAUCCUUAAUGGCGAUAUAAAUAUAUAAUUUUCAA